CCAACAAUUCCUGUUAUACCAGUGAUUAAACCGCAACCAUGGGAACUGAGCACUCUAAUAUUUGAUACAUGCUUCUAUGCAAUUUUAGCCAUUAUUAUACUAGGACAAAUUUUAAUUAUUUAUAGAGCAUGCUAUAAAUUUUUCGGUCAUUUAUUCAGAAAAUUUAUACUCACUGAAACAUCACAGUCAUUGGAAUUAGAAGACUGGAAUAAAAUUCAUAUUGCAAAGUAUACACCAAAUUCUGUGGAAUAUGUCAAAGAAUCACCUGAGAAGUAUUAUUUUCUAGCUGAAGAUUAUAAAGAAUUAUUGAGAAUAUUGAAUUUUAUUGAUGAGCACAGUCGUGUAUAA